CGCGUGGGCAAGGCUAGUAGUAUUCAAACAAAUUUCUUCACACACACCAACACUUUCCAACACUAUAUAGGAACUGCUCAGGUCGUUGCUAGUAAUUGAAUUAAUGGCCACUCAAGCGUUAGGCAAGCUUGAGCCAUGGUGCAACUUGGAAGGCAAGGUUGUGAUGGUGACCGGUGCAUCGUCGGGGCUAGGCCGAGAAUUUUCGGUCGACCUAGCCAUGGCCGGUUGCAAGGUCGUGGCAGCUGCUCGUCGAAUUGGCCAACUCAAGUCUCUUUGCGACCAAAUCAAUCAGUUCACCCCUGCACGUCCAAGCCCUACAAUGGUUGAUUCAAGAGUUGGCAACAGUCCUCGAGCUGUGGCCGUUGAGCUUGAUGUGACUGCCGAUGGUGGCUCCAUUGAGGCGUCCGUGCAGAAAGCCUGGGAUGCAUUUGGUCACAUUGAUGCUUUGGUAAACAAUGCUGGUGUUAGAGGGAAUAUAAAAUCUUCGUUGGACCUAUCGGAGAAUGAGUGGAAGAAUGUCAUAACAACGAACUUAACAGGAGCUUGGUUGGUAUCAAAGUACGUUUGCGUCCGUAUGCGUAACACGGGGAGGGAAGGAUCAAUCAUCAAUAUUUCUUCUGUUUCUGGUCUGAACCGAGCACAACUACGUGGAUCUGUUGCCUAUAGUUCUUCAAAGGCAGCCAUGGACAGCAUGACAAAGACAAUGGCAUUGGAAUUGGGGCAACAUGGAAUCAGAGUGAAUUCAAUAGCACCUGGGCUUUUUCAAUCAGAGAUCACUGAGAAUCUUAUGAAUAAACAUUGGCUUAGUAAUGUGGCUUUGAGAACUGUUCCUCUGAAAACGUUUGGCACAUCCGAUCCGGCAUUGACAUCACUCAUUCGUUACUUGAUACAUGACUCAUCGGGAUAUGUCUCAGGAAACAUCUUCAUUGUAGAUGCUGGAUACACACUUCCUGGUGUCCCUAUCUUCUCUUCCCUUUGAGUUAGGAGGAAUGAUAAUAAAUUGUGUCGUAUAGGUUGGUACCAUUUAUAGGUAAGUUUGUGUUGACGAAUUUAUUAUCUUCCUGUAGGAAACCAACCCUUUUACCUUAUGACUCAAGCAGUUAUGUACCUAAUAACUUCGCAUCAAAUUUGUGUCUAAUAAUGGAAUUUUAGUCCUUUAAAAGUUACAUUUUCUAAUGUCAAUUAGUUUUAUCAUCCACCGUUAAAUCAUCGGUCUUUCCGACUACAACAUGUUGACAAU